AGUAAAGAUGAAUUAAAAUUUUUUUUCAGAAUGAAGGACUAUGCCGGGUCUAGAUCCUUGCGUAAAAAGCACAGUAAAACCUAUGUGGACGGAAUAUCAUCCUCAGAUGAUGAGGAGGAGAUGAAAACCUUCGACCCGGAGGAGAAGGUUCGAACCAAGAACUAUCCUCCGUAUUUCAUCACGGAGAUGAAAGGGGAUGAUGUAACCUAUGAACUUUUCCAACGAACAGGGUUCAACAAUCCUAUCUUUAUCCCGGAGAAGACCGGAUUACAAAUCCGUGUUCCUGAUCCAUCCUUUUCUGUCUCCGACGUAAGAACCUUGGUUGGUGGGAAGAGGAUCCUGGAGGUGAUGAACUGCGCCACCCAACACAACGCAGAGAUGACCCUGAAAGACUUUGAGGAGUUCUUUACUGAUCCAGACCGUGAUGAUACUAAACUUAACGUUAUUAGUCUCGAGUUUAGUCAUACUAAACUUGACGCUCAUGUAACAGCUCCCAAGGUUGUCAGGCAGCUGGACUUCACUGACAACGUGUGGCCGCGACAUUUAAAGGACCAGCAGGACGAUAGCACGAAUGAUAUGUCCAAGAUGUUUUAUCCUAAAGUUCAAAAAUAUUGUUUGAUGUCGAUUGCAGGCUGCUAUACAGAUUUCCACGUAGAUCUGGGCGGUACUAGUGUUUGGUAUCAUUUACUCAGGGGGCAGAAAAUGUUCUGGUUGAUUCCUCCGACACAAACUAAUCUCAAGGCAUUUGAGAAUUGGACGCUCUCCGGGAAACAAGGAGAAGUUUUUUUCGGAGAUAUGGUGGAGAAAUGCGGGAGAUGUAUUCUCAAUCCUGGGAACACGUUCCUAAUCCCAUCCGGGUGGAUUCACGCUGUUUACACCCCUGUAGAUUCUCUUGUGUUCGGUGGGAACUUUCUUCACCCCUUCGCGUUGGAACGUCAGAUCAAGAUUGCUCAGAUUGAGGAAACCUUGAAGGUUCCGCAGAAAUUUCGUUUUCCGUUUUUUACGGAGAUGUUGUGGUAUCUUCUGGAUAAAUACUGCUAUGCUCUGCUAGGACGUCAUCAUCUAGAUCUGGAGGAUCAUGUCCUUAAUCGUCUCCUGGGGUCGGAGGAGGAGAGGAAAGCCUUUCAGGACAAUAUUGGUCAUCCUCAUAUUACUCAACAAGAGCUAAGGGGACUCAAAUCCACUGUCCUGUAUCUUCAUUCUCUACCGGUGAACAAGAAGAACGUUCCUAGUUUUAUCAAGGAUCCGGUUUCUCUGAUUCGUGACAUCAGAAUUAUUGUUGAAGUCCACAAGAACGAUAAAUCAGAGCGAGCAAUCAAUGGCCGACCUCUGCUCUAUUGGCCGGGGAUAAGGAAGGAACCGAACUGGUUUGCAAAAGGUAAAAGAAAGUUGAAGGAGAAUAAAACUAAAGCGAAGAGGAUGGAGGCUGAUGGAAAGAUGUAUCUGGAUCCUCUCCUGGUUUGCUCCUAUUGCAGGCUAGAUGGUUGGUUCGUUGAUCCUACCAGAGGAGAUAUCACCAGGAACAACAGCACUAGCAGUCUCUGGGAGUGCGCUGAGUGUUUCGAGCUCAUUCAUCCUUUAUGUUUACCUGAUUUUGGUCUCAACUCUUCUCCAAUCCCGGAGAUGCCAAACUUGUGGAAGUGUUUGACCUGUCAGAGAAAUCCUCCGGCUCUCAAGUCGGAGUCAGCGUCGGAGCCAGUCAAGGAGGAGGCAGUUAACAAUGACAAUUACGAUCUGAGCAAGGUUAAGGAUGAACCUGAAGCGUAUGAAACUAACAAUGUUGAGAUGCAGGUUGAAGGAUCAAAUCUCUCCCAGGUGGAUAUAGUUAAGGACGAACCCAUGUCCGUGGAUGACGUUGAUAUGGAGAAGACCAGCAUCUCGGAGCUGGCAGAGAACGUGAAAAGGGAGGUUCUAGACAUGGAGGAGAAGGAGUUGAAGAUGAGUAUCAGGGUUAAAGAUUUUCUGAACAGACAAGGAGAUAAAUACAAUAAAAUCAGGUUUUUGUAUUCUCAGUCCGAGGAGAGCAGGCAGAGUGCAAUCUUGGAGGAUCCAACCGUUAUCCUGAAAAUAUUUUGGUUCCUGGGAACUCCGGAUAUUUUCCGUCUGAGAACUGUGUGUAAAACCUGGAACAAGAUAUCCAGAGACAAAUUGAUCUCUGGUUUCGUUGAUCUCUCAGGACAAAAAGUCACGGCAAAUAUGAUCCAUGCAACUGCUAAUCUUAAACCAACCUUCAUCCUGUUCGACUGGACAAAUAUUGCUAAACAGCAACUAACCUGGCUGCUUCCUAAGAUCCAAGCGACAAGGCGUCUCUCUUUGGUUGGGUUAGAAUUCGGGAGUCAGGUUUCAGCCUUGAUAAGCUCAGUUUGUCCUAACCUUGUGGACCUGGAUCUAAGUUUUGUUUCAAACCUAAAUGAUUCUGCUCUGAACAAACUUCUAAGAUUUGGAGAAAAAAAAUCAAACCUUGCAAGUUUGCGUAAACUAUCUCUCUGUAAAACUGAAAUUACUGAUAUCUCCCUUAGAUAUAUUUCUCAACAGUUACAGUUUCUAACCACACUCUCAGUUGCGUACUGCGUUAAACUAACAGACGCAGGUCUAGCUCAGAUCGGAGACCCAGAUCUGUACGCAAGUCAAACCCUUGUACACUUUAACAUCAGCGGAUGCCCCGGGUUCACUGACUCCGGGUUGGUUCAUCUAUCCAGGUGUACAGUUCUGAGUUUCAUUAACUGCCAAGACACUGGUAUAUCCGCUACAGCUGUGGAUUCUUUUGUUCAAAUUAGACCAGAACACCGUGUUCACAAUUUCAUUAUUUACAAGAAAUAAGAUUUACUUGUUAUAUUCAUUUUACCUUUCCUCUAUAGUAUAUGUAUUUACAUUUACAUUCGAUAAUAUUUAUGCAGACUGGUUCAAUACAGAUCAUCUUAAAAUAUCAAGAUUGUAGUUUACACAAGGAGACCCAAUAUUUUAAGACAAAAUUUAUAGAUCUUGUGUUCUCAUUCUCUUACGUUGGAAUGAACCCAAAAAAGCACUGAAAUGAAUGUCAAUUAAAAUCAUCUAUAAUAUCUAUUUUUUUACAUUUGGAAAAAUGAUUAGCUUGAAAGGGAACCCUCACAAAUACUAUAUUUACCCUCUAAAGAUGUAAAAUACUUGUAUCGCAUAAUAUAGUUGUUUUUGUCCGUAUAAAGAAUAAGUUUUGAAAAGGUAGUCUGUAAGUAAUUUCGAAUUGUAGACAUUACUCCUAAAUUUUUGCUGACGUAAUAUUAGAAUUUAACAGAUACAUAUUUCCAGA